ACCAACAUUAAAAACACAUCCAAAAUAUUCUAGAACCCUCUUAUUAUUUGCAGAAAACCCCCUCCUGAACUUUCUAGGGUUUUGUUAUCCUCUUUCUUAACCAAUCCACCAUUUUAUCAUUACUACCCAUAUCUUUUCCUACACACUCCUCUCACUUAGCCUAUCACCACUUUCCUUUCUCAUUUGUUUCAGUUUGAUAGCUGAAGAAAUGGCAGCUGCACAGUUGACCUCCGCUGCUUCCUCAAUUUCAGCAGCAAAAGGAUUUGCUUCAUUUGAAGGUCUGAGAGCUACGCAGUCUGUGAAUAUUGCAUCGUUUUCACCUCUGAAGCAGAAUGGACUAUCUUUCAGGUCGUUCCGUGGCCUUGUUGUCAAGGCGGCUACAGCUGUUGCCCCUAAGUACACAACUCUCAAGCCAUUGGGCGAUAGAGUGUUGGUGAAGAUCAAAACAGCUGAGGAGAAGACAUCAGGUGGUAUCUUGCUACCUACAGUAGCACAAUCAAGACCCCAGGGGGGCGAGGUUGUUGCUGUAGGAGAGGGCCGGACCAUUGGAAAGAACAAGGUGGAGAUUAGUCUGGAGAAUGGGACGCAAGUGGUAUACUCCAAGUAUGCAGGAACUGAAGUCGAAUUCAAUGGGACCAAUCAUCUCAUAUUGAAAGAGGAUGACAUUGUUGGUAUUCUUGAAACUGAUGACAUUAAAGAUUUGAAGCCCCUUAAUGAUAGAGUCCUCAUUAAGGUAGCCGUGGCUGAGGAGAAAACAGCUGGUGGUUUGUACUUGACCGACGCGAGCAAGGAGAAGCCUAGCAUCGGAACAGUUGUUGCUGUUGGGCCUGGUCCCCUCGAUGAGGAAGGCAACAGGAAACCUCUGUCAGUUGCACCUGGAAACUCAGUUUUAUACUCCAAGUAUGCAGGGAAUGAUUUCAAGGGUGGCGAUGGGUCGGAAUACAUAGCUUUGAGGGCGUCGGAUGUGAUGGCUGUCCUUUCAUAGGUAUAUCGAGUCAUAGUUUUGGCACGUUAAGUUGUACCGGGAAAGUGAGAAUGAGAAGACCGUGGUGGUGUAGGUCGAAUGCCGAUUGUCAUUUAAGUGUAACGAAAUUUUCUUGAGAAUUUGGUAGCAUUGUUCAAGAAUCAAGACACUAGAUGGAGGCUGCUUGCUCAUGAUUUGUGUUGCUUCAUCCAUUCUCCAACUACCGUAUUAAAACCGAGUCAUGAAUUUGAUUCAGCUUUAAUAUUUUGUGCCUGAGCUGGACGUAAUAAUUAUAUACUUGGAGUUCAUUUUAUUUGACGAUUUAA